GGUUUUCUACCACCAUUGACGUCACACACAAUCAAAGAUGUCUGACUUCGAUGCUUUCGACACUGAACCUCCAGCACAAAAUGAAGAGGAGGACCCAGCAGCUGCCUUCUUAGCCAGGGAACAAACGGAAUUAGCUGGUUUAGAAGAUGACGACACCACACAACAGACCGAUGAAGGGCAGUAUGAUAUGUUUGAAGGUGGAGAACCCCAAAUAAUGAAUGGAGCCCCAGGUUUCAUGGGAGAAGACCAGUUUGAAGAAGCUCAGACAAAUGGACCUUCUGAUGCCUAUUCAGCUAUCACCUCAAUGGACAAAGAGAGGAGUGAACCAGAAAAACUCAGGAUAUGGAGGGAAGAACAGAAAAUGAGAUUAGAAAAGAAAGAUGCCGAAGAGGCUCAGAAGAAGGAGGAAUGGAGAGAGUCAGCUAAGAAGGAGUUGGACGAUUGGUACAAACAUCAUAAUGAGCAGAUACAGAAAACAAAGGAAACAAACAGAACUGCGGAGGAAGCAUUUGUGAAGGACCGAGACACAACCCAACCCGGUGGGGAAUGGGAGAAAAUCUGUAGAUUGUGUGAAUUCAACCCCAAAAAUUCCAAAAACACAAAGGAUGUAUCCAGGCUACGCUCCAUCCUCCUGCAGUUAAAGCAGACACCAUUAGUGCGAUGAAAUCAAACUGCGUCAUUCCCAGAACUUGUAGUUGUGUGUUGUGACUGAACAGCAUGUAGAAAUUAUUUGUUGUCCAGUAUGGAAGAAUUCUUAAUAUUAAUAAUAAAUAAGUAAU